CGAGCAGCGGGCGGUUACCGUGUACACGAAAUUCACAUACUGAGUCGUGAGGAGAACAACACUAUCGACAAGAAGGAAAGCUUCACACGUAGAACAAUCCUUAAAAAGGGGUAAAACGGGCAAAAAAAUCUCAGUCUGGAGUUAUACGAAACAGUGAAAAGACCCCGGUGAGAUGUUUAUGAAAAUUUUGAGAUUAGUUAUAUAUGCAGGAAAGACAAUAUCCAUAGUAUUAAUAAUAAUUGGGAGUAUGUGCAUGGACCCUAGACUGACAAGAAGUUCAAAGGUAUAUGCAGCUAGCUCUACAGAUGAGUGCCAGGUUACACCAGUAAUACAUGUUCUGCAGUAUCCAGGGUGUGUACCAAAACCUAUACCCAGUUUUGCCUGUAUAGGAAAAUGUGCAUCUUAUAUACAGGUAUCUGGCAGCAAAAUUUGGCAAAUGGAAAGGUCUUGUAUGUGUUGCCAGGAAUCGGGUGAAAGAGAGGCUUCAGUUUCACUGUUUUGUCCAAAGGCCAAGCCAGGUGAAAGGAAAUUUAUAAAGGUGACUACUAAAGCACCAUUGGAAUGCAUGUGCCGACCAUGCACUGGAGUGGAAGAAAGUGCCGUUAUACCACAAGAGAUAGCAGGAUAUUCAGACGAGGCACCUCUGUCUGGACACUUCUUGAAAUCUCACCAAUUGUAACUUUAAAAAGCAUAAAUAAAUUAUUGUCAUUUUUGGUAUCUAUUCAGUAAAUUAUU